UUUCAUAAUAGACCACUUUACGUCUAUAGACUACUUUUCACCCAGCGCGAGAUUCGAACACCGAAAUUUCUGAAAUAUUUUAUUAUUUUUCUUUUUAUUUGAUGAAUUUUCAGCGAAUAAUUGUGAAACAUACUUCAUUUAUAUUUUCCGCACUUUCUCUUUGUAAUUUUGUUAAAUACGCAUAUUUAAAAUGAAAUUGUAACACCGAUAUUCUCAGGAAAAUUGUCGGAGAUGUCUGGUGACGGAGCGAAAACAAAAGAUUUAAUAUAUCAUGUUGAAAUUUGUCAAAACCCGCAUAGCACAGCAGUAAAGGCAGAUGUGGUUUCAAAUGUUCAAAGAUUGUUUGAUGUCAGUGGCAGUCUCUCUACAGGAGAUUUAUACCUUACAGAAUUUAGGGAUGAAUUCUUAAAGCAACAUGUUGACAAGAUUGCCAUCUCAGACACAAAAUUAUCACAGCAUGAGAGCAUAGACUUGAGUGUGGCCACACUUCAUUACCAUGUGUUCCAGCUACAAGAAGGAGGUCCAGGUAUGGAAGAGUUGGAGGAUGAAGAUCUCGCUGCAGCCAGUCACUGGAUUCUGCCAUCACGAGACUUCGAUGGAAUGUGGGAAAGCCUUGUGUUUGAUGAAGAUAUUAAAACAAAGUUGCUGAAUUAUGCAGCAACAACUUUGCUGUUCACAGACAAAAAUGUAGACCACAAUAUCAUAUCUUGGAACAAAGUAGUCCUAUUACAUGGUCCCCCUGGUACAGGCAAGACGUCGUUGUGUAGAGCUUUGGCUCAGAAACUGUGUAUACGUCUUGCAGAAAGGUUUAGUUAUGGACAACUGAUAGAGAUUAACAGCCACAGUUUGUUUUCAAAAUGGUUCUCAGAGAGUGGUAAACUUGUGAUGAAGAUGUUUCAGAAGAUACAGGAGUUGAUAGAUGACCCAGAUGCACUUGUCUGUGUUCUCAUUGAUGAGGUUGAAAGUUUGACAGCUGCAAGGAAGAGUGCUAUGUCUGGUAGUGAACCUUCAGAUGCUAUUAGAGUGGUUAAUGCUGUGCUUACACAACUCGAUCAGAUAAAAAGAUAUCCAAAUGUGCUAAUAUUAACUACAUCGAAUGUAACUGGUGCAAUAGACCUAGCGUUUGUGGAUCGUGCAGAUAUUAAACAGUACAUAGGUCCUCCCUCUCCUUCGGCCAUCUUUAGUAUAUAUAGAUCCUGUCUACAUGAACUUAUCAAGGCUGGAAUAAUUAUCUCCUCACAGUCUGUGUUAGAUCUCAGAGCUCUAGAAUUCAUGAGAUUUGUAGAAAAUGAUAUCACUAGAGACAGUUUACAGCUGAGAGAAAUAGCAAUUAAAAGUCAUGGUCUCAGUGGAAGAACCUUGAGAAAACUACCAUUCAUUGCUCAUGCUUGCUAUGUACAGAAACCAGAAGUGUCCUUACAAGAUUUUCUGAUAGCCUUGGACAAAGCAGUGCAGCAACAGUUUAAAGAAAGGGAAGAUCUUGUAAAGGAUUCCUGAGUGUGGAGAUAAUGCCAGUUAUAAUAUAUAUGAAGCAAGAUACACCAGGAUCUCACAAAAAUAUUUGUGAGGGACGUAAGGAGUGGUAAUAAAAGAGGAUCUCAAAAAAAUAGUCUGUUUCCAGGAAAUGAAGGGUCUCAAACUGUUCUUGAAUAAUUCACAGUAACUUUACAUGGAAGAAUUCUUUUGGAUUAUUUGCACAACAGAUGUGCAGUGUGUGAAUCUAUAUGGUAACACAGUGAACAGACAGAUUAAGGUGUGUCCUUAGUGCUUGUUGAAUGUAUAGUGUAACGUUACUUUUGAAUUUACAUUUGUUUAUGCAAGCAUCGAAAUUGAUGUGCAGAAAAUAUAAUGUUAUCUUUAUCAGUUUUGUUUGCUCAUAAAAGAUAAAGUGGGUAUUGUGAUUGAAAUAGUUUUUCAAACAUUGUGAUAUAUUGUUAAAAGAUGUUUUUAUGUAUUCACUAACUUGAUCUCGUCUGUGAGGGAAUAAUUUGGAGAUGUGUUGGGGGCAGAGCAAGUAGUUGAUACAUUUGAUGUAUUUUGUUAGAUCACUGAAGGUAAAGGCUCACAAUGAACUGUUGUAAGAGGAUGGUACCCUAACAUAUAGUAACUGUCCAGUAUCUGUCUUUCCAGAAACUGUUACAUUUACACACAUCUCAAGUCUUCGAAACAUUGGCAUCAGAUCCAAAAUGUUUCUGCUUCACUAAAACUUACUUAAACCAUAUUUUGUGAUCUUCACUGAAUAUUAAUCUUUACGAAACUUUGCAGGUUAUAUACUGGAUAGCAAUUUCUAAGUAAAUUUUGUUUUUGUCCUCUGCACACAGUAGAGAGCAUCCUUUACAGAUUUUUGUAGCAAAGUUGUCUGUUAUGUGACGUGAGAUAAAGAAGCACUGUAAGAUUAAGAAAUGACUGUCACCUUAGGAAAAAACUGAAGUAAAGUGGCUUUAAAAACCAUAUCAUCCUUUGUCCUGACUUGAAAACUAAAUGAGAAAUUUUAUUUUGUUAGUACAAAUUUGUAAUGGAAGAGCAAAAUAGGUUUGUGGCUUAAUUUACCAAAUUUAGGGUCAAUAAUGAUGACAAAACACCCAUGUUGCCCUCAUGUAUUUAUUAUUCUAGCAACAGGGCAUUAAGAUAGACUAAAUUUUUGUUGUGGAGCAUAAAAGACGUAAGUAUAAGUCUGUUGAAACACUGCUUUUAGAAGUAAUUUUACAUGCUUUCAUAUUGUACAGAGGUAAAUUGCAGCAUUUGUAUCUGACAGCAGUAUUUUAGACACAGGCCAACAAUGCAUUACCUCUAAACAGCCAUUAAUUUAAUACCCCUGACCAACUGUUUAUAUAUCUGGGGCCCGUUUCCUAAAAGUUAAUGUUUCAUUCUUAGUUUUCUCCACCAAAGUAUGAACUUUUAGAACACAUUUAUUUCAUAGAAUAUAACUUAUAUCUUUUAAACAAGAUGUUGUUAAUUUAUUUUAGGACAAAACCUUAUUUUCAUUUGGCUCAGAUUCUAAGAUGAAUCUGCUUGAAAAGAUGUAUAUGGAAAACUUUACUCCAAAGUUCCAACUUUGUUCUAAGUUGGCUUUCUGAAAUGUGACCUGAUUUGUGUAUGACAGAUCUUUGAAAGCCCUUCUGUAGUUAUUACACAGGCUUUCCUCAUUCUAAGAAGUAGAAUGCAUUGUUUCCAUGAACAUAAUUUUCACAGUUUGUAGGUAUUCUCGCCAUUUCUGAAUAAACAUUGACACAUUACAUCUAGACAGAUAUUCAUAUUUCCUCCUGAUUUUAUUAAAAAUCUGAAGUUUAUACAAUCAUACCUCGAGUGAAAAUUAUUCCAGCUGUAAAGAGUAAAGGUGAAUACUUACACCCUUUCCACUGGGAAAAAACAACAACUUGUUUUUCAUUAGUUUCAGUGACUGAUUCAGGUAAACAUUUCUCAUGACAUAGCCUUUGAACAUUUGUUUGACAAUCCAGUCUUUGAUAAGACAUUUUCAGUUCCAGGUACCCUCCAAAGUUAGGAGUUACUGUUAAAAAAUCUUUGUUAUUAUAAUGAAAUGUAUUCAUAUGUUAACUCAUAAUUAGCAGCUUUUGUCACACAAUUCUAGUAUUUUUGUGUCCUAGACAACAAUAGUCACAUGUAUCAUGCAAUUGUGCUAAUGUUUUAUGAGACUUGUUUUUUCAGUUUUGAAAACAUAUUAUUUAUGAAGAUGUAUUUGUUAUCUUCUUAUGCAAACGAAUAAAGUUAUAGAUGUCUUA